CAUCCACGGAGUAAUACCCGGACCUCGGCGCCAUCAUCCAUCGUCCAUCACCUGCAUACUUCCAUAGCGUUUAGUAAACAAACUCUGAUAACCGAGCAAUUGACCAUACACAAAAUAAAUCAGAGUAUAUAAAGCAAUAUAGCUUGCAGGGCAAGGUUAAAAUUCAAUAAGCAGCGUCAUCACAUCGAUCACCUCCAAUCAUCACCAUCCCCUCAUCAAUCAUCCCAAUCCAUCAGCAUCCCAAUUUACUAUCAUCAUGUCCAUCACCCUCCCCCCAUCCUACGAAUCCCACCCAACAACCCACAUCAAAUUCUCCCACCACCCACCCAACACCCCCUCCCCAACCCCCGUCAUCAUCAUCACUCUCAACCGGCCCGACAAACGCAAUGCCUUCACCUCCACCAUGGCCCAAGAGCUCGAAUGGGCCUUCACCACCCUGGACCGCGAUCCCCGCGUGAAAGUAAUCAUCCUGACCGGUAGCGGAGAUACAUUCUGCGCUGGAGCAGAUCUCGAAAUCGGAUUUAGUGUAGGCGAGAAGGGGAAGGAGAAGUUGAACUUACGUGAUUAUCGCGAUAGUGGCGGCCGCGUCGCCCUCUCCAUCCACCGAUGCCGCAAGCCCACCAUCGCCGCAAUGCAAGGCUCCGCCGUAGGAGUCGGUAUGACCAUGACUCUUCCUGCUGCUAUUCGAAUCGCCCACACCCCCAGCAAAUACGGCUUCGUCUUCGCCCGCCGCGGCAUAACCAUGGAAUCCUGCUCCAGCUACCUCCUCCCCCGACUAAUCGGGUAUUCGCGCGCCAUGUACCUCGUCUCCACGGGGGCAGUGUACCCGCCCACAUCACCGCACUUCGGGGGUCUCUUUGCCGAGACAUUUCCCACGAAGGAAGGGGUUGUGAAGCGGGCGGUGGAGUUGGCGAGUGAGAUGGCCCAGCUGGUGAGUCCGAUGGCCGGGGCGUUGAAUCGGGCGUUGAUGUGGAGGGCGCCGGCGAGUGUUGAGGAGGCGCAUUUGCUGGAGUCGAGGGUUUUGGGUCAUAUGUUUGCUUCUGAGGAUCAGAAGGAGGGUGUUGGGGCGUUCUUUGAGAAGAGGAAGCCCGAGUUCAAAUGUGAUUUGGAUGUGGAUGGGCCCGGGAAUUAUCCUUGGUGGGCGGAGGUGGAUAUUGAUCCGAGGGGGGAGGUUGAGAAUAAGUCAAAGCUGUAAGAGUCGAAGACUAGGAUGUAGAUAUAGCGAAGAAGUGAACAUAUUCAAUAAUCAUUUUAAAUCGCUCACUGAUAUGAAUAUUCGUACAAAUAGGAGAAAAAAGAGAACUUAAUUAUAGUUCUCAAGAAUGCCAUAGUAACAAUCACUCAAAAGGAAAUAGGCAUCCCAUGCAAAACAGAACCACUCAACUUUAAACAAUGA